AUAGACGCAGCAGCUAUGAGCACAGAAGAUGUGGUGUGCACAGGAUGGCUCAUAAAAUCCCCUCCGGAGAAGAAGCUAAAGAGAUUUUCAUGGCGAAAGCGAUGGUUUGUUUUGCGGAGGGGUCGGAUGAGCGGGAAUCCUGAUGUUUUGGAAUAUUACCGUAGCAAGAGCUCCCGAAAACCCAUCAGAAGCAUCGACCUGCAGGAGUGCGAGGUCACCAUCGAGGCAGAGGUGCGGCCCACUAAACGCCAGUACCAGAAUCAGCACCUGUUUGUGGUCAAGACCACCACGCGCAUCUUUUACCUGCUGGCCAAAACAGCAGAAGAGAUGAACAUCUGGGUACAGAACAUUGGACAGAUUUGCAUGUUUGGAGGACUGAACAGACAUACAGAAUCAAUGGACAGUCUUAAUCGCACUUCCUCUUCCCAGCAGCCCUCUCCUGCACUCUCUCCUCAUGUUUCUCUCGUGGCCAAUCAGGACACAGUUACCGUCGAAAACCACGAAGUCCUGGACAGGCCCAGCGAAUCAGAGAUCAGUCCUCCACUUGACUACCUCUUUCUCUCUCAGUGUGAAACCGGCACGAAGAGCAUCGUCAGGUCUAACAGCAUCUCUAACUCUGAACGCUCCUUUGAGCAGAGCUCGUCUGAGUACACAGAGGAUGUGUUUAGCCCCACCCCACGCAUUGACUCCUCCCCCUCCUCUUUUCUUUUGGGUGGGAUGUGUGAGCCCCCAUUCAGUGCCCCCAGUGGCCCGCUCUCUCUCUCUUCCUCCCAUUCGUCCUGCCUCUCGUCUCCCAUGUCUCUACGCCGGCCACAGGACAUUUUCAGAUUCGACAGGCCCUUCUACGGUACAUCAGACCCACAGACCCCUCCUCCCCUCCCACCCAAACCUACACACCUGUCCGAUCAUCAUUGUUAUGAGGAUACCAGCUGUAAUCAGCCACAACCUGCUCUCCUCCCUCGCAGGACGUCACUUUCAGGAAUAGACCACUUUAAGAGAGUAGAGUAUGACAAUGCUGGAAGAAACUGGAACAAACGUCUAAGCCUCAACUUGCCAAUAUUUCUGAAUACCACAGUUACUGAAAACCACUCUGAGGAUUCAUAUGUGCCCAUGGCCUCCCCACCGAUCGGCUGCUCUGAUGUGACUUCAGACGGAUACAUACCCAUGAGCCCCUCCACCCUCCCCAUCUCCUUUCUCACUAACGGCAAAACAGAACUGCCUUCGCCUUCCAAUUCUGACCUUGAGCCACCUCCAGUCGACCGCAACCUUAAACCAAGAAUACGGGCUCGACCGCCUCCUUUAGACCUGCGGGGUCUGUCCACAAUUUCUGAAUGUCCUUUCCAUGUUCCCCUCACACGCACAAUGACAGAACCCAGCACAUCACUUCAGUCUGAUCCUCUGGACAGGCGGCGGGUAUGGGGCCUAAACGGCUCUGAACAGGAAGGGAGCAUCACGCCAACGGAGUCUCGGCUCUUGUUCCCAGCUUGUGAUUCUGCUCCCUGGAUGAGGCCGUCUCAGCUGGAUUACUUGUCACUUGACUUUAAUUCUGCCUCCCCCUCACCUGUUCAGAAGAAAGCGCUGCUGGCAGACGAGUACAGGGUGGAUUACGUGAAGGUAGACGAGAAGAAGACACAGGCUUUACAAAACACCAAGUUGGAGUGGAAGGACGUCCGUCAGUCAAAAGCCUAAGCCCUCUGGGGCGGGAAAUAAUUCAUUUAAAUUAUUACAUGGUUCAAAACUUGACUUGUUUUCAUCUCCUACAAUUUCAGGUACAUGUUGGUUUUUUACACUGCUGUAAAAGGAGCCAGUACAGAGCUGGAUAAGAAACCUUCCAAAAAUAAAAUGACAUAUAAUUCAGGAAAUUAUUCCAGAAUAAAAGACCUCCAACACACUGAUUCAAGAAUAAAGCUUUGUUUUGUAGUUCUUUAACCGGGAAGAGAAUUAGCAUAUCCUAUUAAUUUUGGUUUAUGAGUAAAGUAAAAUAUGCAGUUGAUGUUAAUUUGAUCAUAAAUUCUAUACAGCCAUACCCCAAAUGUGAAUGGUGUUUUUUUUUUUAAACAAAUUGAUAGUAUGUACUAAAAAAGUGCUAAACUACCAGAAGGAUGUGAGUUCAUAUGUAUUAUAAAGGUUCUAGUCCUAAAUUGUUAGCUACAUAAACUAUUUUUCAAAAAGUUGGGUUUGGUAAGAUUUGUAAUGCUUUUGAAAGAAAACUCUUCUGCUCACCAAGCCUGCAAAAAAAUAUUAAAAAUCCGAAUACAAUUUAAAGUAACUGUUUACUUUUUGAAUAUGUUUAGUAACGUUUGAAAUAAUCAGGAUUUUCAGGAUUCUUUGAUGAAAAGAACUUGAUGAUUUAAAAGUUUCUAUCCAUCUUUUUUAACAUUAUAAAGGUCUUAACCAUUACUUUUGAGCAAUUUAAUAUAUCCUUGCUGAAAAAAAAACCUUUAAUUCUUU